AUGAAGGGCCUUGCUUUUGUGUGCGGCCUCCUGGCUACAUCUGUCUCUGCACACAUGCAGCUGUCAAAACCAUAUCCCAUCCGAAGCCCGUUGAACAAGGACGCAACUGGCGAGAAGGAUUAUUCGUACACAAAUCCGCUUUCUACCAGUGGUUCGGAUUACCCGUGCAAAGGAUACGCCAAUGACCCAUUCACCUCUGUCGCCACAUACAGUCCAGGCCAGGAGUACGAGAUUGAAUUGGAAGGUAGCGCGACACACGGUGGCGGCUCCUGUCAGAUCGGUCUCUCAUACGAUAAAGGAAAGACUUUCCGUGUGAUUCACUCCAUGCUGGGAGGGUGUCCAAUUGCAAAGAAAUACAAGUUCACAGUUCCCACUGAUGCACCAAAUGGAGAGGCCUUGUUGUCCUGGACAUGGUUCAACAAGGUCGGUAACCGCGAGAUGUACAUGAACUGUGCACAGGUCACAAUUGGUGGUUCCGCGAAACGUGCAAUCUCGCGUCGUGACAGCUUCGACAGUCUCCCAGAGAUCUUCCAGGCCAACAAUGCUGGCCCUGGCCAAUGCACCACCAUCGAGGGUGAGGAAGUGAACUUCCCACUACCGGGACCCUCGACAGAGGGAAGUCUUUCCGGCAAGGGCUACACUUGCAAGAGUUCCGCUUCUUUCCUAGGUACUUCCAACUCAGCCAACGCUGCUGCCCACGGCCCUAAGAGCUCCGCUCACAUUUUCGGCUCUGCUUCUCCGUCUGCAACACCCAGUAGCAGGGUCGCUUCCGCCUUUGGCACUUCAUCCUCCGCCCAUGUCGCUUUUGCCACGCCAUCCCCCUCGCAGCCAGCACGUGUCGAGUCGCACCCUCUCAAGCACCACGAGCCAAGCCAGGAAGACUGUAAAGAUGGUACCAUUAUCUGCGGCGAGGACGGCCAAACCUGGUCUAUGUGCAGCUUCGGUCGCCCCGCCUUCAUGGGACCUGUUGCCGCUGGGACGCGCUGCCGCCACGGCGCCAUGCACCGCGUGUGGUGA